AUGGCAUCCAACACUGCAAAUCCACCCACUGAGAGCCGCCUCUCAACACGCAUCUCCAUCCGAUGGCUCCCUGAACCCGCCUCCGAAACGACUGACACUAUCGUCAUGUCCGUGAAGUUGCGGGUUACGGAUAGUAGUGACCCUCGCCGCGUGCAGUUUACCCAUGAAAUUGACUCGCACAACUCUUUUGACGACGUUGACUGUGGCACCUUUACUACAUUGCCGAACGGUGACGACCUUGAGACUGGAUCUAUGGCUCGUCCAGAUGUGCCAGGGGCUCCGGUGACGGAAUAUGAGGAGGUGUGGCGGGAGUUGACAUUCAAGGAGGGCCCCGAAGGAUCAGGGCAGGGUGCUUCAUGGGUUUUGGAAUCGAAGCAUGAUAUUAAGGUUGGGGAAGGCGAGGAGGUGGAGGUUUCGCGGACAUUUUUUGGCGAGGAUCUGGGGCUCAUAUUUGGCGGUGCGACAGAAGCAGGGAAGGGGGUUAGUGCUAGGAGAGAAGAAUGGGAUGCAAGCACUGGGUGGUCGGCCAAAUAUGUUCUUGGUCUGGAGGGGGACAGUUUGCCCUCCGCUAAGGACAUCGAGGCCAACGAACAACUGCGCACACGCGGGGGAACAAUUCUAGUUAACGGUGAGCCAUAUACGGUUCGAUCAUAUGAAUUUGCGUAG